AUGACCACCCCAAAAUCAUCCGCCGUCUUCACCCCCGAGAAGACCUUCAAUGCCUACACAACGGAACAGGGCGCCACGUACGCCAAAGCCCGCCCGGACUACCACCCCAACCUGUACAAGAGAAUCAUCGACCACCACGUUUCCACCGGCGGCAGGCUCAAUACCCUGGUUGAUGUCGGCUGCGGCCCAGGAACCGCAACGCGCAUCUUGGCGCCUCAUUUCCAAACAGCCAUUGGCCUGGAUCCCUCCGAGGGCAUGAUCACAGCAGCCAGAGAACUCGGCGGCGUUUCAGCGGACGGUAAACCGAUUCGCUUUGAAUGCUCUUCUGCCGAGGAUCUGGGGAGAAGUACCAGCACCGGCUGUGACAAGAAUGGUACUUCGGACACGACUACUUCUGUCAUACCAGAUGGCACCGCCGACCUCAUAACAGCCGCAACAGCCGCGCACUGGUUCGACAUGUCCAGAUUCUGGGCUCGCGCGGCCCAACUGCUCCCACCGGGCGGCACCAUUGCCCUCUGGACCGGAAGAAGGAUGCAGGUGCACCCAUCCGUCCCCAACGCUGCCGCCAUGGAGGCCAAGAUGGAGGAAAUCAUGGAUCGCGAACUAAAGCCCUUCAUGGAGCCGGGUAAUAUCGUUGCGCAUGAAUUGUAUGCGAAUCUACCGCUUCCAUGGACGAUUGAGCCGAAUCCCGCGCCGGAGCUGGAUCGGGAUUCGUAUGUCAGGAAGGAAUGGGGGACGCCGGGACAUGAGGAUGCCGAGGCGGAAGGGGAAGAGUUUUAUAUGGGCGGGCAGCAGGAGGUGGGGUUGGAUGUGUUUGAGACUGCGUUGGGAACGGCGAGUCCCGUUACCAGGUGGAGGGAGGCGAAUCCCCAGAAGGUCGGGACGGAGGAGGAUGUGGUGAGGGUUAUGAGGAGGGAGAUUGAGCGUCUUCUCCAUGAGGCUGGCAUUCCUGUGGGUAAAGAGGUUGUGAGGGGAAGAGUAUCCGGGGUGCUGAUGAUGGUGAAGAAGAGGGUAUAA